AUGGUGAAUGAAAUCAAGGCACAAACAGAAGUGAGCGUUGGGCUGGAAAAACUGUGGCAAGUUCUGUCCAGUCCCAAGGAUUUUGCGGCCAUAGCUCCAGAGAUAGUGCCAGAGCAGAUCAAAGAGAUGCAAGUUAUUGAAGGAGAUGGAGGCGUCGGCACCGUCAUUCUCACCACUCCUUGGUCCAUAUUACCUGGAUCAGCUGGGGCGAGUUAUAAGGAGAAACUUUCAGAGCUUGACGCCACCAAACAUGAGAUUGCGUUUGAGUACGUCGAAGGUGGGUUUAUGGAUCGUGGCUUCUCCUACAUGAAGACAAACCUUCAGCUAUCUGCAAAAGGAGAGAAUCAGACUGAGGUGGACGUGAAGAUCAGUUAUAAAUCUUAUAUUGAUGAAGAAUCCACCGACCGCCUUACCAAGACCGCUGUGUCUUCUGCUUUGAACUUCUUAAGCGGCCUUGAGAAGCGUCUCUCCGGCGCCGCCGCCUAG